CAUUCCAAAAAUCUAUACCAUGCAUUCCUUGGGUAUAAAAGUCGGUGGACUGAAAAAUAAUUCAAGCACCUCAGGACGAACUGAGAGUCCUGCCACCUGGUGGGUAAAUUUGAGAUCCGUAGUCAGCAUACAUCAUGUAAUAAUAUAUCCCACGGCUGGAAAUCAGCCAAGAGAUUUUCAAAACAAGUUCGCCUCCAGAUUUCAAGGAUUUCAUCUAUACAUUUCAAGCACAACAAACAGACUUGAUGGUCACUUAUGCUUCCACGACACAACCAACAACAAUUCCACAAUACCAGCAGUUGUCAAUAUUACGUGCCCUGUACACGGACAAUUCGUCAUCUACUACAAUAAGAGACCACAAAACUCAUAUUCUGCAAGUCGGUUUUCUGAUGAUGAUUUCAAUGCCUUUUGCAAAGUGGAAGUGUUAGGCUGCAAAUCCUCUAAAUUCUAUGGAUCAAACUGUUCACUUCCGUGUCCCAGCAACUGCUUACAUCCUUACUGUCACAUCGAAACGGGAGCCUGUCAUGAAUGUAAACUCCGAUAUAUUGGGCAUCAUUGUAGACUGGAAAAGGAAAUUGUUGACGAAAAAUAUCUUUGGCUAUAUAUUGCUCUCGGAGUCCUCAUCACUUAUGUAGUAGCUAUUGUUCAUCUUACUCCAUUCCCUGCAUAAGAAACGACUGUGAUACGAGAAAACAAUACAAGCUGUAUGUUAUUCUGAACAAUUUAAUGUUAACAGUUCAGAAGUAAUGACAGAAAAAUAUGAUAAUGACGGAAUCUUAUCAAAAUUGAUGUUAGAUCGGCUUGCAUAUUCGCUACACAAACAUCUACAACAUCCCAUAGAGGGUCACCUUAGAGAUCAAAGACUUACACUGUACUCGCUUCAACAGUUGAGCAUUGAUUUUGCAAGAGGUAAUUUUAUUUGUUGAUAUAAUUUAAUCUCAGACAUGACCCUUGAUGGAAUAUUGUUAGAUGUUUGUGUGGCGAGUAUGCUAGUGAAUCUAACAUCUACUUUUAAGUAGAUUGAUAAUUAUGGUUCGAUAAGUAAAACGAAGAUGGAAUCCAUAUUCACUUGUCGAAAAUGCAGUCGUGUCUAAUACUGUGCAGA